AUGCACCGUGCGUGUUUCUUCCUGGUGGCUGUUUGCACGGCACUCACAACCACUCACACCCUGGAGGAGGCUAGGGCGAAUCCGGAGCUCUUCAAGGAGGUGACCGACUUGACGGAAUUUAAUCCAUGGUAUCAUGCUGGAAUUGCGUUGGUAAUGCUCUACAUCCUCCUCACUGGUAUCACCUCCUCCAUCAGCAUCGUAGCCUACAUUUUGGGACACAAAUCACGACGACGUGGGUGA